AUGCUUUCAGAGUGGACCCCUUGGUCGUGGAGAGAGCGCAAAGUGGCUCAGGACGUCAACUAUCCUGAUAAGGAGCAUCUUGAAAGGGUUCUGAAGAAGCUCAAAACUCUUCCGCCACUCAUCACCCCUUCUGAAAUUGAGCGUCUAAGGCAUCAGCUCGUGGGUGUACAGGAAAACAAGGAUUGCGCUGAGAGCUUCGAGGCGUGCACUCAGGAAAACAUUGAAGCUAAAAUUGGGUUGAUUUUGUCUUUCUCCCUCAUUCUCAUCUGGGGUGCCCGUCUCCCAAUUGUUCGCAUCGGUCGCAUAGCGGGCCAGUAUGCCAAACCCCGUUCAAGCAGCACGGAGACCGUUGACGGAAAAGAGAUCUUGAGCUUUCGCGGCGAUAAUGUAAACGAGAUUUCCCCGGAUCACAGGACCCCGGACCCGGACCGGCUCUUAUCAGCGUAUUUCCACUCCACUACGACGCUCAAUUAUAUUCGUUCGUUGUUGGCUUCCGGUUUUGCUUCGUUGAAUCACCCGAGCGAUUGGUCUCUCUCGCAUGUCCGCAGCCCAGCGUUAAGGGCGGAGUUUGAGCGCAUUUCCGAAGGACUUGCAGACGCACUUGACUUCAGCAAGACCAUCGGUGCUGAGGCUGAAAGUUCUUUUGAGUCCGGUGGAAGAAGGGGUGUACUGGGUGAAGUUGACUUCUACACGAGUCAUGAAGGCUUAAUGCUCAACUAUGAGGAGGCCCUGACGAGGGAACUCCCCGUCCCUGUUCCAGGUGAUAGCUUGCCGAGUCCCUCUUCUUCGCCAAGGGCGAGGCUCCUAUCAGCCAACCCUUGCCAAUCUCCUUCCUACACACCAAACCAUCUUAAUGGUGUGGACAUGAGUGGAGAGGACAAGCCUGUCCUUCGCGCUUGGUACAAUACGUCUGCGCACUUUAUCUGGGUGGGCGAUAGGACGCGACAGCUUGACGGUGCUCACAUAGAAUACUUCAGAGGAAUCCGAAACCCUAUCGGGAUCAAGGUCGGCCCCAGUAUGGGAAGUGAGGAACUUAUUCAACUCCUCGACAUCGUGAAUCCCGAUAGGGAGAAUGGCAAGGUUACUCUGAUCACAAGAUACGGUGCAUCCAAAGUGGAACAGUAUCUCCCUGCGCAUAUUGCGGCCGUUCGGCAAGUUGGUCAUCCAGUGAUCUGGGUAUCUGAUCCCAUGCAUGGGAACACGCAAGUAUCCUCUACUGGACAUAAAACGAGGCAUUUCGCCAAUAUCGUACGUGAGCUGACGGCAUGUCUUUCAAUACAUGCUGCAAAUUGCUCGCGUCUUGGCGGAGUUAGUCUUGAGUUCACAGGUGAGAUGAACGAGGAAAGAUUCAGCGUCACAGAGUGCUUGGGUGGCAGCAUGGAGCUCGCCGAAGAUGACCUCGGCUUACGCUACGAGACCUUCUGUGAUCCAAGACUAAAUUUCGAGCAGUCGCUCGAUCUCGCCUUCCUGAUAUCUGACCAUUUCAAGAAACAACGUGGCAGGAAACAAUCGGCGAAGACUGAUGACGAAGGGCAUAGUCGUUCGAGCGCAAACAUUUACACCCCCGGCGCAUUCGCCGAACUUGCAAAGUCUCAAAAGUAA